AAGGGAGAGAGAAUAUAAAAUAAUUAGUCAAUAAUCCAUACAAAUGUAUUUCUAGUCGUUAAAACUUACUUAAUUCUAUGGUUUAAAUAGUGUCAAAAAAAAUGUGAUUUUACGUGUGUUCUCUAUCCUAACCCUAUAUAUGGGGUCAACAUGAGCUUUUAUUGGUGAAAGUAGGAACUAGGGUUUCCAAGAUCAUGAGUUUUCCCCUGUUUUCGGUGACAAAUACAACUAGAUUACUCAUGUGUGAGAAGCGGAGCAACUAGAUUGUGAGACGCAAAGCUUAAGCCUUAAGCCAAGGGUGCAAGAGAUGUCGUCAGUUGCAUGGUUUCACUAUUUUUUUUUAUUUUUCCUUUUAACAAAAUAAGAUGUAUAUCUACGUUUUUUAUUUUUUAUUUUUAUGGAAAAAAGAUAUACACCAUUUGAUGCUUAAUCUAUUUAAUUUUGUAAAUUUAGGGCAGGAUUAUCUUCUUAAAUAAUGAAUAAAUUUUACUUUUGCACCGCAUCGUUGGUGGGCCGAACAAAAAUGUGAUAAACCGUUUUAAUAUUUUGGGGUCUGUAUAAAUAAAUAAAUAGUUCUAAUGCUAGGUGAAAGAAAGCAGUCGUCCAUUUCUUCAACUCUCAUACUAAAGAAAUGGCUUUGGCACCCAAGAUUGACGUGAAAAGUUUGGACGAAAAGUUAGAGAAUCUCUACCGACUGUACUCUAUGAAGAAGAAGAAAGAGUUGCAUGACGAAGAAAGCAACAAAGUCAUCAACAUGAGAGCCAUGGGGACCAAAGAAGCUCCUCAAGAAGAAUGGCAAAUGAUCAUUCGAGAGAAACUUGUCGUGAAACAAGUUUUUGCCCGUGGAGGCUUCGGGUCUGUGCAUAAAGGCAUCUAUGAUGGACAAGAAGUUGCAGUCAAAGUGAUGGAGUGGGGAGAAGACGGCCGAACAAAAUCUGAAAUAGCUUCUUUGAAGAAAGAUUUUAGGCAGGAGGUUUCUAUUUGGCAUAAGCUUGAUCAUCCUAACAUUACUAAGUGUAUUGGAGCCACAACGGAUAUCGACUCUGCCUCUGUUAUUACUGAGUAUCUUUCUGGAGGAACCCUAAAAGCCUUCCUCAUCCAACACCGGAAAAAGAAAUUGUCUCUCAAGACAGUUAACCGACUAGCCGUUGAUCUUGCUAAAGGAUUGAGUUUUUUGCACUCCAAGAACAUUGUUCAUAGAGACGUGAAAACAGAAAAUGUGCUUCUUGAUAAGGAUGGUAGGGUGAAGAUAGCAGACUUUGGAGUUGCUCGUCUGGAGGCUUCAAAUUUAGCAGAGAUGACAGGCUACACGGGAACCCCCGGAUACAUGGCCCCUGAGGUCUUGGAAUGUAAACCCUACAACAGAAAAUGCGACGUUUAUAGCUUCGGGAUUUGCUUGUGGGAGAUGUAUUGCUGCGAUAUGCCCUACCCUAACAUCACAUUCUCCGAAUUGACUUCCGCUGUUGUUUAUAAAAAUUUGAGGCCAGAGAUACCCAAGCAAUGCCCAAGCUCUCUAGCCAAAGUGAUGAAACAGUGCUGGGAUGGAGAACCCAAGAGAAGGCCAGAAAUGGAGGAGGUUGUUUCCAUGCUAGAGGCAAUUAACACGUCAAACAGUGCUCCUUCGGGUUGCUUUAGCUUCUUCGGCUCAAGACGCUAACAGACUCAUUUCAACGUAUUAUUUAAGUUGAGAUAGCUGAAUUAAAUGACAAAAGAAAGGAGUGUGGUACU